UAAAAAUAUAGAAUUAAUUAUUUUAAAAAAUGGCAAACAUUGGUGGAAGACAGGAUGGUGAUUUGCCCGAAGAAUUUCAAAGUUUUAUUCAAGUAAUGUCACAAAAGGGAAUUUACCCGGAUGCCGAAUUUAAAGCUGCUAUUGGUUGUAUUACUGGUCAUCGCAAUGUCACGGAAGUUACACGUGAUUUAAAUAAAGCGUUAGCUGAAGUCGAAAUGACAAUCCAGUCAUCAAAGUGUGAAAUUACUGGUGUGAAGCACUGGGUAUUUGCCAGCACUACCAUCGAUGAUGACAAUGAUCAAGUUGAAGUAGAACCUAAUCACGAUGAAGACACUGAUCAAGAAAGAGACGGUCUUUUGUUUACAAAAGGAAAGCUCGAAUUACUCAAAAUGAUAAUAAGUGUUAUAUUAUCUCGUAAUGAUAAUAAUUGCAUUUCUAAAAAUGAUUGCAUCAAUUUAGUUAGCAGUAUUAAGACUAAAUUGUCUCGUAGCAGCGUUGACAAGUUUAUAAAGCAGAUGAUUGACGGACGUUGGUUAUUUUAUUUGGAUGGAAAUGUUUACCUGGGAGUAAGAGGUAUUGUUGAAUUGAUGCCUUAUUUAAAAUCUGAGAAUCCAAAUCUUAAAACUUGUCAAUUGUGCAAACAGACUGUCAUUUUCGGUCAAUUGUGCCAGAAAUGUGAUAAAAAAAUGCACAUAUAUUGUUUAGCCAAGUACUUUAAGAUAAGCGGGAAACACCAGUGUCCCGGUUGUGGGCAUAAUUUACAGGUUAACAAUCAAUUUAUGGCUCGUUAUUCCAACGAUGAUGACGACCUUGAGGAUCCAAGUAUCCAAAGUAGCCAAAGUAGCCAAAGUAGCCAAAGUACCCAAAGUAGCCAGUUUCGUGUCAGUCAAUCCCAAGAACCUACACCUGGACCCUCAACUAGCCGUCGUAGUCGCCGCCGACGCAUAGAAGAUUAACGAGAAUAAACAAAAAAAAUAAUAAAUUAAUAUCAAUUACUUUUAAGAAAAAAAUAAAAUUUAUUUUUUGUUACUUAU